AGAAAUAUAUUAAAAACAAUCAAGAGUAAAAGACACUGAAAAGAGAAUUGGAAAUAUAUUAAAUAUAUUUAAAAAAGAAUUUCAACAAAUAAAAUAUAAACACUUGAAAAACGCACAAUACGUAUAGAGAGAGUUAUGGCAAGUUCCGGUUCAAAUAACAAUCCUACCAAUGGCAACAAUCCAAAUAAAAACAAUACCAAUGAAAGCGAACAUUCAAUUUCAGUUUACGCAAGCUUGGAUUCAGAUAUAUCUUCGCCAGCACCAUCGACGAACCAGCAACAAGUGGACCCAAAUACGAGUAGUUCACACACGAAUCUGAAUUAUUUUGUGAGAAGAAAAUCAAGAAGUUUAAGCAACGCGGCUGAUAUUGACGCUGUGGAUUCAGUUCCACCAACGUCUGGCUCACAGUUUAGAAUUAGCUUAUCUAGCAGUUUUCAGCGUCUUCAAGAAGCUAAAAAAAAAUAUUUUGCGAAAAAAUGCAUAAAUGAAGAAGACGCCACAAUAUCUGCUGCAGCACUUGAAGGUGCAGAUAAGCGAGUCAUAUUAAUAAAUAAACCCCAACCAAAUAAAUAUCGCAGUAAUCAUAUUUCAACUGCAAAAUAUAGUUUUAUAAGUUUUUUACCAUCGUUCCUUUUUGAACAAUUUAGACGAUACUCGAAUUGUUUUUUCCUAUUAAUUGCUUUACUACAGCAAAUUCCAGAUGUAUCACCUACGGGGAGGUAUACGACGUUAGUACCAUUAAUAUUUAUAUUAGCAGUGAGCGGUAUUAAAGAAAUUGUGGAAGAUAUUAAACGACAUCGAGCUGAUAAUGAAAUUAAUCAUAGAAGAGUGGAACGCCUGUGCGGUGGUAUCUGGUGUGCGGUGCAAUGGGAUCAAUUAUGUGUGGGAGAUAUAAUUAAAGUACCAAAUAAUUCAUUUUUUCCUUCGGACUUGGUGUUAUUAUCUUCAAGUGAACCACAAGCGAUGUGCUUUAUUGAGACGUCAAACUUAGACGGUGAGACGAACUUAAAAAUACGUCAAGGCUUACCGUCAACGGCGCAGUAUUUGGAAACAAAAGAUUUAAUGCAAUUGGUUGGAGUCGUGGAAUGCGAAUUACCUAAUCGUCAUUUAUAUGAAUUCAAUGGAGUGCUUAAAGAACAAGGAAAAAUUUCUGUAGCUCUUGGACCUGACCAAAUCCUGCAACGUGGCGCUAUUUUACGCAAUACUUCGUGGGUGUUUGGUUUAGUGGUGUAUACUGGUCAUGAUACAAAACUUAUGAAGAACUCCACCUCAGCACCUCUGAAACGUUCAACGGUGGAUAAAUUGACAAAUACACAAAUUUUAAUGUUAUUCUUGAUAUUAAUCAUGCUCAGUUUGACAAGUGCCGGUCUGAACUACUUUUGGACGCGUGAAAAUUAUAGCACAGAUUGGUAUUUAGGCAUUAAUGAUUUUAAGAGUAAAAAUUUUGGUUACAAUUUGUUAACAUUUUUUAUAUUGUACAACAAUCUCAUACCGAUUUCGCUACAAGUAACACUAGAAUUGGUACGAUUUUUACAAGCAACAUUUAUUAAUAAUGACGUCCAAAUGUAUCAUGCAGAAACAAAUAUACCGGCUGUAGCUCGUACCUCAAAUCUAAAUGAAGAGUUGGGUAUGGUGAAAUAUAUAUUUUCUGACAAAACAGGAACACUGACAAGAAAUGUAAUGGUUUUCAAAAAGUGUUCUAUAGCGAAAUAUAUUUAUAAGCCCGAAAAUACACCAGAACAAUCUUUAGUUGUACAAAAUAUACUAAGUAAUCAUCAAACUGCGCCCAUUAUCAAGGAAUUUCUUAUUCUAUUAUCCGUUUGCCAUACUGUUAUACCGGAAAAACACGAGGAUGGCUCGAUUAUUUAUCAUGCUGCAAGUCCAGAUGAACGUGCACUAGUCGAUGGUGCUAAACGUUUUGGUUAUGUUUUCGAUAAUCGUACACCAGAAUAUGUAGAGAUUUUAGCUUUAGGUGAAAGAGAACGAUACGAAAUUUUGAAUGUCCUUGAGUUUACAUCAUCACGAAAACGUAUGUCUGUUAUAGUCCGAACACCCGAUGGGAAAAUAAAAUUACUAUGCAAAGGAGCUGACACAGUAAUUUGUGAGCGCCUAGCACCAGAUGGACUAGAGUUUCGAGAUGUCACUUUAAGGCAUUUGGAAGAGUUUGCAGCUGCAGGAUUGCGAACUCUAUGUUGUGCUGUAGCUGAAAUACCAUUAGAUGUUUACAAUGAGUGGAAAGAAACGUAUCAUAAAGCGUCAACGUCUAUACAAUAUCGUGAGAGAAAAGUUGAAGAUGCUGCUAAUUUGAUAGAGAACAAUCUAAGAUUACUUGGUGCAACAGCUAUUGAAGAUCGUCUGCAAGAUGGUGUGCCCGAAACAAUAGCCGCGCUAUUAGAUGCUGGCAUAUAUAUAUGGGUUUUGACUGGUGAUAAACAGGAGACUGCUAUUAAUAUUGGUUAUUCAUGUAAGCUAAUAUCACAUUCAAUGGAUCUCAUUAUACUCAACGAGGAAAGCUUAGAUUCUACGCGAGAUGUCAUACAUAGGCAUUGUGGAGAACUGAAAAAUAUGGAUGUUAAAGAUUGUAAUGUAGCUUUAGUGAUCGAUGGUAAAACACUUAAAUACGCAUUGAGUUGUGAUUUAAGACGGGAAUUUUUGGAUUUAUGCCUUGUGUGUCGGGUCGUGAUUUGCUGUAGAGUGUCACCUAUACAAAAAGCCGAUGUUGUUGAACUGGUUACACAAAGUACUCGUUCAGUUACGCUGGCCAUUGGCGAUGGUGCCAAUGAUGUUGCUAUGAUACAAAGAGCUAAUGUAGGUGUUGGCAUAUCUGGUGUGGAAGGUCUGCAAGCUGCUUGUGCUUCAGAUUAUUCAAUCGGUCAAUUCCGUUUUUUGAUGCGUUUAUUAUUGGUGCAUGGCGCUUGGAAUUAUGCUCGAAUAAGCAAAUUGAUUUUAUAUAGUUUCUAUAAAAAUGUUUGCCUUUAUGUUAUUGAGUUAUGGUUUGCUUUGUACUCUGGCUGGUCGGGACAAAUUUUAUUCGAACGCUGGACAAUUGGUCUUUAUAAUGUUAUGUUUACUGCGUUACCACCAUUUGCUUUGGGAUUAUUUGAAAAAGUGUGCUCAGCCGAGACGAUGCUUAAAUAUCCGCUAUUAUAUAAGCCUUCUCAAAGUGGAAAACUAUUUAAUGUACGCGUUUUUUGGGUGUGGAUCUUGAAUGCGUUAGUGCAUUCUGUAUUUUUGUACUGGCUACCUAUGCUAUUUAUGAAACAGGAUGUUGUAUGGGGUAGUGGAAAAGCGAGUGAUUAUGAACUUAUGGGAAAUAUUGUUUAUACAUAUGUAGUUGUAACAGUUUGUUUGAAAGCUGGUCUUUCGACAAAUUCUUGGACUUGGUUAACGCAUGCCGCGAUUUGGGGUUCAAUAUUUAUGUGGUUCCUUUUUGUGAUUGUAUACAGUCGUUUUUGGCCUGUAUUACCAUUGGCUGUAGUUUUUUGUGGAAUGGAUACUAUGUUAUUCACAACACCUGUAUUUUGGUUCGGAUUAGUACUAAUACCAGUAACUACUCUGCUUAUCGAUGUUAUAUGUAAACUUAUUUAUAAUACUGUUUUCAAAUCAAUUACUGAAGCAGUACGAGAGUCUGAAAUACGUAAAAACGAUCCUAGUCAUGUACUGCAUGAGUCAAGAUCAUCAUUCACUGAGACAGCAAGACUUUUACGCAAUGUUUUUACACGUCGUGCCAACACAAGAGUCGAUACGGAACUAGAACUAUCGCACGGUUAUGCAUUCUCACAGGAAGAAGGUGGUGCUGUACCGCAAUCGGUCGUUAUACGCGCCUAUGAUACGAAUCUUCCCAAGCCGGAAGGAAACUAAAGCCGAAGAGACAAAAUGGAGAAAACUAUUCAAUUUUUACUUAAUAAUUUAACCCCAUUAUAUAUAUAUAUAUAAAUGGUUUUCAUAUAAUAUAAAUCAAUCAAACACACGGAUACACACGUACAAUCGCCAAAGAACAAAAAAAAAAUAAUAUUUAAAUUGCGAAAACAAAAAAGGUUUAAAGAUUUUUAGCACUUUUUACAGUGUAUAAGAUAUUAGGAAAAUACAUAAAAGUUAUAAGCAUUUUAUAAAAUAACUAAAAAACAAUGUUUUUUU